ACAUGAACCCGAAGGGUAUUUCGGCUUAACCAACUACAAGAUGGUUGUUUGAAUACUUUUACGCCAACAAUUUGACUUAACAAUGCCAUGCCGCCGAACAAUUGGACUUAAUAAUGCAGCCCCGGCGGAAACGGCGGCCGUCGUCCACCUGUAGCACGUAACCAAACUUCCUCCAUGGGGGUGAAGAAGCGGCAAGUAACGGUACGCGUCGUUAGCAAAUACAUGUGUUAGCCGGCUAACUCGGACUAACUCGGGUGAAGUCGGGCAAAGUCGGGCGAACUCGGGCGAAGUCGGGCGAAGUCGAGUGAAGUCGGGCCAAGUCGCAAUGGAGCGCGGGGCUUUUUCCAAAUACUCCUGGGUCGACUUCGCCUUCUCCGUGGUCGGGGUGUGUACUUUCCUGCUGGACUGGGGCUCCGACCUGUGGGUGGCCGCGGAGUUUUACUGCCACGGAGACUUUUUGUGGUUCGGGGCGCUGGUCGCCCUCAUGCUGCUGUCGUCCUGCGUGGUCCAAAUGUUCAGCUGGUUCUGGUUGAAGUACGACCGACAACUGCCGGAGUUCCGGAGUGACACCGGAGCAGAAGCGGUGCUGUUUGUGGACAAGGUGAAGCUCUCCUGCCUGUUGCAUGUGCUGCAGCUGGGCUUCUUGUGCAGGCACAUCUCGGCCAUCAGGCAAGGUUUCAGGGUGUGGUGGCGCAAAGAGGAAGGCUCGGAGUACGCCGUCUACCUGACCCACGACCUCAGCAUGCUGCGCCUGAUCGAGACCUUCUGCGAGAGCGCUCCGCAGCUGACGCUGAUGAUCUACGUGGUGCUGCGCAACAACAAGGCCAGGACCGUCCAGUUCGUGAGCAUCGCGGCGUCGACCACGUCCAUGGCCUGGAUGGUGGUGGACUACCACCGCUCCCUGCGCUCCUUCCUGCCGGACAAGGCCCAGCAGGGCUGGGGCUCCUCCCUGGUCUACUUCCUGUGGAACCUGCUCCUCAUUUCCCCCCGCGUGGCCGCCCUCGCCCUCUUCGCCUCCGUCCUGCCGGCCGGCUGCGCCGCCGCCCACUUCCUGCUCGUCUGGUCCGGCUUCGUCCUCUGGGCCUGGCGGCAGAGGACGGACUUCAUGGACAGCGCCGGCGGCGAGUGGCUGUACCGGGCCACGGUGGGGCUGGUCUGGUACUUCAGCUGGUUCAACGUGGCCGAGGGUCGGACCCGCGGGAGGAGCGUCAUCUACCACGGCUUCAUGGCGGCGGACGGCGGGAUCCUGCUGGCCACCUGGUGGUGCUACAGGGACCAUGUGACGUCCCAGCCCUACGCCCUGCCGCUGAUUCUCGCGCUACCGCUCACCUACUGGCUAGGACUGCUCUUUAAGUGCGUCUACUACUGCUGCUUCCACCCCACCCUCUGGAGGCCCCCCGGCAGGCUGCCCGACGACUUGCCCGACGACUUGCCCGACGCACAAGUGUCCUUUCGAGACUUUCCCAUCCAGGACGGCACCUUGUCCUCCCAGCUGCUCAACAAGAGGAUGCAACACAACGCUGCACUCUUUUACUCAGUCCGUAGAGACACCAGAUAACUGUUCUUUUAGUCCACCGUUAUUCCUGUUGGUGUUACAUUACUCAGUCCGUAGAAACACCAGAUUACUGUUCUUUUUGUCCACCGUUAUUCCCGUCGGUGUUACAUUACUCAGUCCGUAGAAACACCAGAUAAUUGUUCUUUUAGUCCACUGUUAUUCCUGUUGGUGUUACAUUACUCAGUCCUUAGAAACACCAGAUUACUGUUCUUUUAGUCCACCGUUAUUCCUGUUGGUGUUACAACAUUACUCAGUCUGCAGUGACACCAGAUUACUGUUCUUUUAGGCCACCAUUAAUGUUACAUUACUCAGUCCGUAGAGACACCAUGAUAACUGUUAUUUUACCAUUAUUCCUGUCGGGGGUGCUGGAACCUACCUCGGCUGCAUUCGGGCGGAAACCUAAAAGGGACAAGCGGUAGAAAAUGGAUGUAUAUUUUUGUUGGUGUUACAACAUUACUCAGUCCGAAGAGACACCAAAUAACUCUUCUUUUAGGCAACAGUAACUCCUGUUGGUGUUACAUUACUCAGUCCGUAAAGACACCAGGUAACUGUUCUUUUAGUCCACCAGUAUUCCUGUUGGUGUUACAUUACUCAGUCCGUAGAGACACCAGGUAACUGUUCUUUUCACCAACCUUUAUUCCUGUUGGUGUUACAUUACUCAGUCCGUAGAGACACCAGGUAACUGUUCUUUUAGUCCACCAGUAUUAUUGUUGGUGUUACAUUACUCAGUCCGUAGAGACACCAGGUAACUGUUCUGUUAGGCAACCGUUAUUCCUGUUGGUGUUACAACAUUACUCAGUCCUUAGAGACACCAGGUAACUGUUCUGUUAGGCAACCGUUAUUUCUGUUGGUGUUACACUACUCAGUCCGUAGAGACACCAGAGAAAUGAUCUUUUAAGCAACCAUUAUUCCUGUUGGAGGUGCUGUAGCCUACCUCAGCUGCAUUCGGGCGGAACCCCAAAAGGGACAAGCGGUAGAAAAUGGAUGGAUAUUCCUGUUGGUAUUGCAACAUUUCCCGGUCCGUAGAGACACUAGGUAACUGUUCUGUUUGUCCACCAAUUUACCUGUUGGUGUUACAUCACUCAGUCCGUAGAGACACCAGGUAACUGUUCUGUUAGGCAACUGUUAUUCCUGUUGGUGUUACAUCACUCAGUCCGUAGAGACACCAGGUAACUGUUCUUUUCACCAACCUUUAUUCCUGUUGGUGUUACAUUACUCAGUCCGUAGAGAUACCAGGUAACUGUUCUUUUAGUCCACCGUUAUUCCCGUCGGUGUUACAUUACUCAGUCCGUAGAGAUACCAGGUAACUGUUCUUUUAGUCCACCGUUAUUCCCGUCGGUGUUACAUUACUCAGUCCGUAGAGAUACCAGGUAACUGUUCUGUUAGGCAACCGUUAUUUCUGUUGGUGUUAUAACAUUAGUACACCUGUGCAAUCUAUUUACAGUAUAUCCACUCUUACAGGGUCUUCAGAAGUAGAACAGGGGUCUCAAACUCAGGCUAGGGAUGCGCGGUAUCGACGGUAAAAAGGAAACAUUAGUUUUUAACACUAUCGUUACAUGCCGAUGAUGCAUGUUGAUCACAGGUGUCACACUCGGAAGCCUGGAAAUAAUAUGUAGCAAUGAAACACUGUACAUUUUCUUACUAAAUGUAUACUUUCUUUGUAUUUUAGAAUUUAAAAAAAUAAAAUUUAUAUAUAUAUGUAUAUAUAUAUAAACAAAAACAGGUCACAUGUCCACUGAUGUGUAAUAACUCUGCACUCGGAGUCUAUAUUACGUUGCCCCAACGAUUUUGCCAUUUUUCCCCCUCGUGCACUAAUUGACUGAAAGAGCGUGCACGUGAUGACAUGUUGUCGAUGGGGAAAAUGCAUUUUUAGACAAUAUGUUUUGCCUGUGCGGCUACGAGACCCUGAGAGUAACGAGCGGUAGAAAAUGGAUUGAUGGAUGGGCUAGAAAGGACAGAUUAAAAUAAAAAAAUAAUAAUAAAUGAAACUUUUUUUAUUUUCUUAUUCAGGCCUACCCGCGGGCCGGAUUUUGGACGCUGGGGGCCGUAGUUUGGGGACCCCUGGAAUAGAGUAACAGUGCGGAAAAAACAAACAAAGAGCAACUAGCUGUAAGCAAGCGGAAAUCAUUUUUACGUUUAAUUUGACAUUUUUCUGAGUAGUGAACACGUGGAGUCACGCGGUUAAAAUGAGGUUCUGAAGUCAACUGAGUUUGAGACCCCUAAAGUAGAUCAACGUUUACAAAGCCAUACAGUAGUGCACAUUUUGGGAUAAUUCAUUUACCAUAUGGUGUCAUCUCUGGGUUUACAGAGCGACGUACAGUACAAGCCAAACGUUUGGACACACCUCCUCAUUCAAUGCCUUUUUUUAAAUAAUUUUCAUGACUAUUUACAUUGUAGAUAGUCAGAUCAAAACUAUGAAUGAACACAAGUGGUGUUAUGUACUUAACAACAAAAAGGUGAAAUAACUGAAAACAUGUUUUAUAUUCCAGUUUCUUCAAAAUAGCCACCAACUGCUUUGAUUACUUUUUCGCGCACUCUUGGCAUUCUCUCCAUGAGCUUGAAGAGGUAGUCACCUGUAAUGGUUUUCACUUCACAGGUGUGCUUAAAGCCCAUGGAGAGAAUGCCAAGAGUGUGCAAAGCAUUAAUCAGAGCUAAGGGUGGCUAUUUUGAAGGAACUAAAAUGUUUUCACUUAUUUCACCUUCUUUUGUUAAGUACAUCAAUAAAUCAAUCAAUCAAAGUUUACUUAUAUGACCCUAAAUCACGUGUCUCAAAGGGCUGCACAAGCCACAACGACGUCCUCGUUAAAUAAGAUCUAGUUGUUUUACUCACACAAAACAAUAACAUUUUGAAAGAAAAUAAACAGGUUAUUGUUUAUUUACCUGAUAUAAAAUUAUAAGUUAAGUAAUAAAAUGAAACAAGUUGUUUACCUGACAUAAAAUAAUAAAAACAAAUUGUUUAUCAUACAUUAAAUAGUAAAAAGAAACAAGUUGUUUACCUGACAUAAAAUAAUAAAAUGAAACAAGUUGUUGUUUACCUGACAUAAAAUAAUAAAAUUAAACAAAUUGUUGUUUACCUGACAUAAAAUAAUAAAAACAAAUUGUUGUUUACCUGACAUAAAAUAAUAAAAACAAAUUGUUGUUUAUCUGACAUAAAAUAGUAAAAAGAAACAAGUUGUUGUUUACCUGACAUAAAAUAAAAUGAAACAAAUUGUUGUUUACCUGACAUAAAAUAAUAAAAUAAAACAAAUUGUUGUUUACCUGACAUAAAAUAAUAAAAUGAAACAAAUUGUUGUUUACCUGACAUAAAAUAAUAAAAACUAGUUGUUGUUUAUCAUACAUAAAAUAGUAAAAAGAAACAAGUUGUUUACCUGACAUAAAAUAAUAAAAACAAAUUGUUGUAUAUGUGACAUAAAAUAGUAAAAAGAAACAAGUUGUUUACCUGACAUAAAAUAAUUAAAUGAAACAAAUUGUUUACCUGACAUAAAAUAAUAAAAUGAAACAAAUUGUUGUUUACCUGACAUAAAAUAAUUAAAUGAAACAAAUUGUUGUUUACCUGACAUAAAAUAAUUAAAUGAAACAAAUUGUUGUUUACCUGACAUAAAAUAAUAAAAUGAAACAAAUUGUUGUUUACCCGACAUAAAAUAAUAAAAUGAAACAAAUUGUUGUUUACCUGACAUAAAAUAAUAAAAUAAAACAAAUUGUUGUUUACCUGACAUAAAAUAAUAAAAUGAAACAAAUUGUUGUUUACCUGACAUAAAAUAAAAUGAAACAAAAUGUUGUUUACCUGACAUAAAAUAAUAAAAUAAAACAAAUUGUUGUUUACCUGACAUAAAAUAAUAAAAUUAAACAAAUUGUUGUUUACCUGACAUAAAAUAAUAAAAACUAAUUGUUGUUUAUCAUACAUUAAAUAGUAAAAAGAAACAAGUUGUUUACCUGACAUAAAAUAAUAAAAUGAAACAAGUUGUUGUUUACCUGACAUAAAAUUAAACAAAUUGUUGUUUACCUGACAUAAAAUAAUAAAAACAAAUUGUUUAUCUGACAUAAAAUAGUAAAAAGAAACAAGUUGUUUACCUGACAUAAAAUAAUAAAAUGAAACAAAUUGUUGUUUACCUGACAUAAAAUAAAAUGAAACAAAUUGUUUACCUGACAUAAAAUAAUAAAAUUAAACAAAUUGUUUACCUGACAUAAAAUAAUAAAACGAAACAAAUUGUUGUUUACCUGACAUAAAAUAAUAAAAACUAGUUGUUUAUCAUACAUAAAAUAGUAAAAAGAAACAAGUUGUUUACCUGACAUAAAAUAAUUAAAUGAAACAAAUUGUUUACCCGACAUAAAAUAAUAAAAUGAAACAAAUUGUUGUUUACCUGACAUAAAAUAAUAAAAUGAAACAAAUUGUUGUUUACCCGACAUAAAAUAAUAAAAUGAAACAAAUUGUUGUUUACCUGACAUAAAAUAAUAAAAUGAAACAAAUUGUUGUUUACCUGACAUAAAAUAAUAAAAUGAAACAAAUUGUUGUUUACCCGACAUAAAAUAAUAAAAUGAAACAAAUUGUUGUUUACCUGAGAUAAAAUAGUAAAAUAAAACAAAUUGUUGUUUACCUGACAUAAAAUAAUAAAAACAAAUUUUUGUUUAUCUGACAUAAAAUAAUAAAAUGAAACAAAUUGUUGUUUACCUGACAUAAAAUAAUAAAAUGAAACAAAUUGUUUACCUGACAAAAAAUAAAAAGAAACAAGUUGUUGUUUGCCUGACAUAAAAUAAUAAAAUACUUAAACGAAUAGAAAUAAUCAAAGUUUAUUUAUAUAGCCCUAAAUCACAAAUGUCUCAAAGGGCUGCACAAGCCACGACGACAUCCUCGUUAAAUAGACUCUUGUUGUUUUACUCACACAAAACAAUAACAUUUUGAAAGAAAAACAAAACAGGUUUUUGUUUAUUUACCUGAUAUAAAAUGAUAAAAUACUUAAUAAAAUGAAACAAGUUGUUUACCUGACAUAAAAAAACUAAAACAUUGAAAGAAAAGAAACAGGUUGUUGUUUACCUGCCAUGAAAUAAUAAAAUGAAACAAAUUGUUGUUUACGGACAUAGAAUAUAGAAAGAAAAGAGGUACAUAACUCCACAUGUGUUCAUUGAUAGUUUAGACGUGACUAUCUACAAUAAAUAAAUAGUCAUGAGAACAAAGACAAGGCAGUGUGUGAGGAGAAGGUGUGUCCUGUACUGUUCGUGUAUUGAAGUGAAGAAGAAAGAUGUGUUCUCAUAAGCUACUUUUAUUUGUCACAAACUAAGCAUUUUUCAUGCUCACAUGAAUGGAAAAACAUGAAUGGAUGCAAACAUUAUGCAUUUAUUAUUGUUGCGAUAAUCCUGCUUGUACAUGUCGGCGUAUAAAGUGUGUUGUUUCAUUCCUGUCACAAUGAACCAGUUCAUUAAACAUAUUUGUCAUAAA